AUGGUCUCCCCACCGAUUCGACUCGACGUUAUCGCAUUUCGCGUGCCUGACGACAACGUAACAGCCGAUACAGUUCAACCAGCGAACCGGCUGGGGGCACCGCAGACUCGCGAUCGAAUUGCCAACGACGAACGCGACGAACUGUGUUUUUCAUUGCGUACGGGACAGUCGGCGACGGCCGAUCGAUCGGCAAUAUUUGUAACGUCAUAGUAGCUACAAGAAGUAUAGUCAAAUGACGAAUUCUUUCAAAUAAACAAUAAUAUAUUUUUAUUUAAUAUAAUGUUAACAUUGUAAUACUCGUUCGUGUAUUAUAUCGAUCGCGUCCUCUCCACUUCUCUCCUUUAUCGAUCGUUUUUAAAAACAUUUUUCUCCUCCUUCCCCUCUAAAUUUAUAAACUUUCUUUUGAAACCCCGUCCGGAAAAAUCAACAAAAACGGCGUCGUCUACAAUACUCGCGGAGAUCUUCGGAUCGGACCGUUCAUUGACCGGGCCCAUUGUCCUGGGAUUCGCAGUCAUCGGUUUCGUGGUCGUGUUGGUGUUGCUAUGCGACGCGCUCCGGGAAAUCGCGCUGGGGCUCGUGGCACACAUGGUGCCACUGGUAAUGCCCGACCGGACGCCAAUGGCCGUCAAGUACGGCAAAUGGGCAGGUUAGUGCUUUUGGAUGAUAAUAACUCGUAAUAAUACGUAUCUUUGGUUUCGGGGUAAAUCGGCCUAAGUCAAUUUUUUUUUAUAACUCUAUCCUAUGUAUCUUUUCCCCUUUAUAUUUUGGUUUAAAUAGCACAUGUGUUUGCGUAUAUUUUAACGCGUAUUUUAUUGAAAAAUGAAAAUGAAAGUAUCUUAAGUCACUAUAUUAUGUACUUUUUGUUUGGCAAAAAAAGCACAAGUAAUAUUCAUUAUAUUAUAUAGAAAUUUAGUUAUCUAGUAACCAUGCCACUAUAUGCUCAAAAUUUAAUUUUCUUGUAUUAUAAACCAUACAAAGUUGACUUGAAAAUGCAUAUAAUCCACGCAUUUAUAAUGAGAAUCAAGCUCAAAGUAUAUCGGAGUUGAAAGUAGCUAAAUUGAAGAGUAAGCGCGGGGGGGGAGUGUGGAUCGCUCCCUUGGAUCUUCCACUGGUUAAACGAACAAAUUGUUCUGCUAAUAUGUAUAGUCAGAUUGAAUACUGUAAAAUUAUUUGAUACCUGAAUGAUUUUUCGACAACUAAGUGGUUGUAGGAACAAACAGUAAAAAAAAAAAAAAAUUUAAAACACCUUUAUAAAACCAAUACAUUUUUCGCUACACUCAGAAUUUAAAAUUACAUUAUUUAUCAUCUUUGGUUACAUGGUUAUCCAUUGGUAAAAUACUGCAGUAGAGUAAUCAAAACGAUUUGACGAUAUUGCGACCAAGUAACGAACUAUUUACCAAAAAUUAACUUACGAAAACACGCUUAUUAUACACUAUACAGCUUACUUUAAAUGUGCAGGACAAGAGGUUCACUAAAAAUUAAUUAAUUCGAUCAAAUCAAGUAAAAUAAAAUUACGAAAAAUUGAAUUAUUCAUUCAAAUUAAGGCGGGGGGGGGGUUAAUUGUUUAUCCUAUUAUAGUUUAUAUGUUAAAUUAUCAACUAAUUUCUUACAUAUAUGUAUACAUAUAAUAUGACAUAGUAUAAAAUCAAAUCAUAUAACGGGUGAACAUGAAUAGCGUACCAAAUUAGGUAUAUGUACCUUUUUGAAUAAAUUGCGUCCCGGACGCAAUUCGUGUUAUCUUUUCAUCCUUUUCACAGUUAAUUUUCACGAGGUGUUCCUAAAGUAGUAUUGAAAAAUAAUUUACAAUUUGUUAUAAUUUCAAAUUAAAUAUAUAAUCAUAAUACAACAUAAUAUUAUAUUAAUGUAUGACCUUUUCGAAGUCCACGUAAAUUAUUUGUGAUAAAAAUGAAGUAUUUAUUUUAGUGGUUUAGCGACAAAUUGCUUUAAAUGCUAUCGAUAUAAGAUAAUAUUUGCUUAUCUUUUAAUAAAAAAGAUACAAAUGGAAUAUAAUACCAUUAAUCGUGAAUAACUGAUAAAAAAAUGUAGUACAAUAUUUACAUGUUCCAUCUACAUAAAGUACACUUUUUUAACUAAAAAGCUUAAGUUAAAUUGACACGAUAGCAUAACUUUACCAGUCUCUAGUUAUUAAAUAAUACAAAUUGUUCAUUAUCUUUAGUUUUACAUUCUACAGAAUUUAAAACAUAGUGAACAUUAUCAAUAUGGGUAUUUUAGGGUAACUAGUAUUACGUGCAUAAUGCAUAUUGUUUUUUGUACACAUAAAAUCAGUUAGUGUAAGUUUGGACACGUUUACUUUUUUUAACUAUCUAUGAAAUAAAAUACUAGUUCGCUCUGGUAUGUCUGUAAUUGUUUUCCGUUUUAAGCUAUUACUAAAUUGUUGAUGAUUAACAUUUUUCUCUUAGAGUUUUUCGUGGUUGAGGAUUAAAUUACUGACAUUAAUUUGUAAUGUAAAAUGUAAUAUUGAGAAAAAUAAUUGUUAGGAAAUGUACUUAUAACGUGAAAUCACGCGUAUGGGGUAAUUUUUUUCCGAACUGACAACUUAUAGGAUUCGAAAAACUGUCACGAACAAACUAUAAGUAUCAUAUACAAUAUUGAGAAAUCGAUAAUUUUAUAAUAAACCUAUUUUAAGAAAGUUAGAUAUAAUGUCAGAAUUAUCUUAUUAUAUUUACGGGUUUUAAAAUCAGCUUAAAAAUAGCUGAGAUAUUUAAGUACCCCGAGUGCGUGGUGACCACGAGUUAAAAGUUAAAAUUAAAAAAAAAAAAAUUUUAAACUAACUAAAUCAAAUUAUCACAUAUAAAUUUGAAGACGAGAUCGAAUUUAAAAAAAAAAACAUACUUAAUUAUUGUUUAACCGGUGAUAAUUUAACUUAAUGGUUAUAACAAUUAGCUGUAAAAAUAUGAGCUUUUACCAUGAAAACAUAAACUAUAUAAAUAAAUAAACUAUCAACUAAUUAAUCUCGAAUGACGUGUAUAUGAUAGUAUUCAAGUUAUAGGCAUUAGCCAAAAAUUAUGAAAGUUUUCUUAGAAAUGGAUAAGAAUGUAGAAAAAUGCAAAAUAUAAAUUGUAGGUCGUACCAUUAAACAUUUGUUUACAUUCCGUGAAUCAAAUUCGAAGAUGAACUUCGUUUUAGAACUGUUAUGAAGAACAAAAAUGUAAAUGCGCUAUAACUAUAGUAGGUAAUUAUGAUGGUAAUUAUGAUUAUGAUUAUCAGUAAAUAUAAUUUUUAUUUAAUAAAUAUUAGGAAAAACAGUAUAUAUAUAUAUAUGUUUUGAAUACAUAAUAGUACCUACCUUAGAUUUAGAAACAUUUUGUGACCGAAAAAAUUAUAAAAAGGUAUAAUUAAUAAAAUAAUAAAGUACAAACAAAAUUAUUAAAAUGGUUAAUACUCGUAAAUAAAUAUAGGUAGCAAUUAAAUACAAAAUGUAUUUAUACAAAUAAAAAAUAAAUAAAUGCGUCGCCUGGAGUAUUAUGAUAAGUGUAUUAUACGACCGGUUUCGAAUUAAAAAUUCAUCAUCAGAUUUAUCACAGUCGAAAUGUAAAACGCGAUAUGUUUCAUUAUUUUAAAAUAAUUAAAAAUUUCAAUGACUCAUUUAGUAUAAUAAUUUUCCUUCGUUUGACGAAUUCCACAUUAUAUUAGAUUGGUUCUCUGUUUAUACUUACAUUAGUUUGUAAUUAAUUUGUUUUUUCUACAUAAGUAAAAACAUUCAUUUUUUAGUAUUUUCUUAUCAUACCGACCGUAGGAAAUUUUCCACAUUCCGAAGUUGUCAUGGUACAUUUUUCGGUUUCUAAUCGUAAUUUAUUGUAUUGAAAGUUUCCUCAACAUACUGAAAUACAAAAUUAAAAUCUAUUCGUAUUAAUAUUCAUAUAUGUACCUAUAUAAAAAAAAUAAAAAUAAAAGGGCUGUUACUAAGGACGGGUGAGCAACUGUUAUAGGUAGAAAAUCGGAAAGGUAAGAUACAUAAAGUUAUUUAAUUUAUACCUGUAAGCAACGAUACAUUUAUUUCUAACGAAAAACUACUUAGAUGCAAAGUGAAAUUCGGUUAUACAUGUUUUAAAAUGCCAAAAAUGUGCGAAUUGUAGUUAUUAGUAAUUAAUAAUUAUGGCCUUUUUAUUUCUACGGACAAUAUUUUUACCAGCUUUGAUUUAUAAUAUUGGCACAUUUUCUAAAAAUAAAUCUGACCAGAGUGGUACUUUAAGGAGAUAAUUUUUUGAUAUUCUCAGGAUUUCCCAAUUAAUAGGAAAAAUUGGAGAAAAAUCGGAAAAAUGAAUAUUAUAAUAUUAAACAAAUAUUUUUAAAGAAAAUAUAUAAUGCAUAUUAUGCAAUUAUUUUAUCAUAAUAUAACAAAUAUAUUGUUGACAAAGCAUCACUAAUAGCCGAACUCUGCUCAGAAUCGUUUUUAGUUAGCAAUGGUUAAUCGUUGCAUAUAGAUAUAUAUCAAAUUUCCCUUCUAUCUUCCCAACUUCUCACCUACAACAGUGGCCCACCCUCGAGCGAAGUAUGUCCGUUCUUUUAUUUUUACCAUUAAGUAUGACUUAAAAUGGACCUCCUGUUGAAUUUUUAAACAUUUCUGUUUGGUUAAAUAAUUUUAUCCACAGAAUUUCUACCGAAUAAAAAUUACAUACAAAAUUAAAAUGUUUAUAAAUAGCUCAAAAAUAACCAAAAUAUUUUAAAUAUUUCACCAAGUCUAGAAAAGGCAUAGAAUAUUCUCUUUUAUAAUUUGAAGUUUCUUUAAUUGUUUUAAUCUGAGUACAACAAAAUUGAAAAUAUCUAUUAUUUUUGUGCAUUUUCCCGUUCUUUCUAUGUUUUUUUUUUUCGGUUUUUUUUUCAUUAUCACGUAAACUACUAGGGAAAUCAAAAAACGAAUUGCUUACUUACCAACUAGAUUAAAAAUGAAACAAGAAAGGUCUUUUGUUUUGGAGAUGUUGGAGUAUUAUAACGUAGGUAUAAAAUAAAAGCGUGGUAUAUUAAAGUGAAAGUAAAAUAUUAUAUGAUAUAAUGUGAUUUCGAAUAGGUACCUAUAUUUUUUACGCAAUCGUAUAAAUACUUGGUACACAGUGAUUUUCUUAAACAGGUAUCUAUCUACAGCACUGCAAUCUUAUGAAAAAACAAAAUAAAUGAAACGAAUAAAAAAAAAAUUUAAAAAAAAAUGAUUGCGAAAUAGUCAACAAACUGAUUUACAAUUUAAGUACUGGUUGCAUAUUUAUUGAUAUUAUAUCGCAUGCGGUAGCGUAAGAUGUGGUUUAUGUUAGACACAUAAUAAACGUCAACUCGUUUAGUGUAAUGUUAAACUGUAUCCUACAUAGCCUGACUACUAAAUAUAUGUUAAAAUAUUCCAAUCAUCUAGUUUUGUUUACAUUUAUAAUUUACAGGUUAAAUUAGGUUUUUGAUUUACAAGUAUUUACAAGAAAAUUACCGGAAUUGGUUGAAUUGCGUGCCAAGAGCAAUAUGGUUGAUACACUGGUUUCUGUAACUUUUCCUGAGAAAAUAAUAUGUUUAUGUAGGUUCUCUAUAAGCUUCUUAAUUUUAAUUUUGAUUUUGUAAAACAUGUUUUUGUAUGUUGGCGAUUUUCUAAUGAAUCCAAAAGGUAAGCUUUUUGGGAAGAGAAAAGGUAGUACACAGGAUUUUUUUUCUUUUGUUGUAAUGACAGAAUCUUAAUUAGUAGUGAAAUGUGAAAUUUCAAAUGACUCAUGAUAAAAAAUGGAAACUGAAAAGUUUCAAAUGCUUCGACUGGGAGCAAAACUUGUUCCGAGAAUAUUAGGGAAAUGCCGAGGAUCAAAAAUAAAUCAAAGUUUGUCAGGUUUGACAUACAAUUGUUGAUAUGAUAAAUCCUAAUAAAACCAUUUUGAAAUAUCAUUAUACUAAAAAAACAUAUUAAAUUUAAUAAAAUAUGUUUAAAUCGUCAAGGAACAUGGGAUUUCUAAUCCUAUUGAUCGUUAAGUCUAAUAAUAUUAGGAACAUAUAUGGAUAGUUUUUUUGGCAGUACCUAUAUUAAUUAAUUAUUCUUGAUGCUUACAACCAACGACAAUCAUUAUACAAGGUAUCCCACAAAGAUGUACCCAUUAUAUCUCCGAAGAUAAUAAAGACAUUCAAAUUUCGUUUUUUUUUUCAUAUUAUUCACAGGAAUAAGGACUAAAAAUAUUUUUAUUUCAAUUAAUUUGUUAUGUAUUGGAAAAAAAUUUAGAAAAAAAAAAAAAUUGUAUUUUAUUGUUUUUGAAGCAUUCGAAUAUUGCAGAUUUGAAGCUUCUGAAAAUUUUGACGUGUUACCUUUUAAUUUUCAUUAAAUUCGUGGUUUUUAAUUUGAGUGAUUUUUUAAGUUCAGAGAAAAAAAGUAUACACUCAAUUACUUAUGAUAAUUGAUAAUAAUAACUAAUUAGCAAAUGCGAUUACAGCCCGCUGUAAUUAUGGGUCCUUUUUUUUUGAGUUUUAAAAAAUUAUUAAAAACGAAAAAUUUAACGGAAAUAAAAAUUUGAUAUAUCAACAUUUUCAGAAGAAUAAGCUCUGUACAAUAUCAGGAGAUAUUGCAAUGGGAAUGCCUUUGUGGAACUCUCUGUAUAUGCGGAAACGGAAAGUGACGAGUAAUACAUUCACUUUCUCGUAUUUUAUAAUACGGUCAAUUGGAUUAUUACAUCAGAUGUUUAGUGACAUAACAAUAUCGUUCAUAUUUGUAUAGUUCUGUGAGAUAGAUCAUGUAAAUAUAAAAAUAUCUACCUAAUAAUAAUUAUUACAUUGUAAUAUUUUAUGCAUGUAGUAUACUAUCAAUGUAUACGUUGAUAUUAAUUUGAAUAAUUAUCGAAAAUAUUGAAAAAAAAAAAAUUAUUACCUUCUAACAUUAUGUACGAUUUUUUUUUCCACGUUUUAGUACAAUUUAUAAUGAACAUCGUUUUAAAUUUUCAAGCUUUUCUGUUUUAAAACUAAUUUUAUCCGCAUAAAGCUAAAUAAAACCUAAAAAUAUCGAAAACACCAAAUGUUUUUAAUAAUCAUGUAGCUCGAAAAUAAGUAUUUUCUAAAAAUUUCAGGUCUCUACGAUCAUUUUUAACCGAAUUACAACAAAAAAACAAUAUCGAACGUAUGCAUAGUUCUUUUAAACUGUAUUGCUUACCUUCUCAAAACAUGUUUUUUUUUGGUUUUGGUUUCGUUUAGGUUUUACCACAAAAAUUUAUUAAGGUUUCAGAUUUAGUCAUAAAACUUAAAAAUAUGAAAUUAAGAUUAUAGUUACGGUUACAAUCAAUACCGACUAUAAUCUAUAACAAAUAAAUAUUUUUAAAUUAAAAUUUUAAGUGAUCGACCUACUCGACGUGCAUCUUUUUGUUAUUCUUUAGAAAAUAAUGCUAAAACCAAAAACCUACACAGAAUUUUGUUUACGGCAAGCCACAAUUAUUUUAAUAUUAAAUAAUUAUUAAAAUAUAAUUAUAAUAAUAAUAAGUUAUAAAUAAUAAAUUAUUAUUAAAAAAUAAAAUGUAUUUAGUUUGGUGAUUUAAUAUAUAAAUAAAUUAGUCCUUUAUUCAAAAAUAUUCUUUGUGGUAGUUAACAUGAAUUCCAUAAAAAUCACUCCAUUAAUACUAAUUUAAUCACUUUUAUCAAAAAAUUCUAAAAUGCAUCAGUGAGGGUUAUCAGGCAGAUGUAUUCUAUUCUGAUUUCGAUAAGCGUGUGAUAGGGUUAACCACUUUAUUCUAUCACAGAAUGUAAUUAUAUUGAUAUAAAUAAUCCAUUAUUAUCAUGGUUUACAUCAUUUGUCACUAAUAUAAUUAAAAUAGUAAAAUACAAAAAUUUAAUUUCUUCUUCUAUAAAUAUAACGUCUGGUUUAUCUCAAGGAUCACAUCUUUUUAAUAUAUUCAUAAAUUAUUUAAAUUUUUGUCUACGUUUUGCUACAUUAUUUUCGUUUGCUAAUGAUUGCAAAUUGUUUAGUUUCAUAAAAUCCAUUGAUGAUGCAUAUUUACUACAUUAAGAUAUAGACAAUAUGGUUAGCUGGUUCAACCAACGAAAUGACCUUGAACCUAUCUGAAUGCAAUUUUAUUUCCUUCUACUGAAUUAAGAAACCUAUCAUUUUCAAAUAUCAAAUUUUUAAUUGCAAACUAUCAAUUGUUUUAAAUAUUACAAAUCUAAAAUAUAUUUUUGAAUCUAACUUUUAAUACUUAUAUUUCUUAAAUAAUAAAUAAAGCAUCAAAACAGUUAGGUUUAUUAAGACGCCACUGUGAAAAUUUUACAAAUAUUAAAAUUGCCUUAAAAUCAUUAUACUUUUCACUAGUCCGACCAUGUCUUGAAUAUAAUUCCAUUCUUUGGACACCUCAUUAGAUAGGUUUAAUUAAAGAACUAGAAGCUGUGCAACACCGAUUUUUUUUUCUAUUAAUUGUAAUAUAUAUAUAGAGAGGCACACAUAUCUUAUGAGCCAUUACUCAGUAUAUUAAAUUUAAAUACUAUAGAAAUAAGAAAGAAAAAAUUAGAUUUAUUUUUCUUAUAAUAAUUUAAUUGAAUGUCCUGAAUUACUAUGCAUAGUUAGUUUUAAAGUUCCUAAAAUUAAUUUAGGUAACGUCAAUUUGUUUUAUUCAUCUUUAGCAAGUAAUCAAUUAGUACCAAAUUUACCAAUUAAUCGUUUAUGAGCUAAUAGGUACAAUGUUGAUCCUUUUGUUAAUAGUUUUUGUAAAUUUAAAAGUAUUGUGAAUUAAGUUCUUAAUUGUGAAAAAUAAGAUAAACAAUUUUUAUUGUAAUUGGACUUUAUGUCCGCAUGAACUAUAUAAAUAAAUAAAUAUACAGACUGUCCCACGAAGAUAAUAUAAUCUUUGAAUAUCUCCGGAGAUAAUAAAAAUAACCAAAUUCCGUUUUUUUUCUAUUAUUCACAGGAAUGUGGAUUGAGGACUACAAUUAGUUGUAUUUGAAUUAAUUUUUAUUUUGUAAACAAAUUCAAAAUAUAAAUUUUUAUUUUAUUAUUUUCCUAUGUUAUCUAAGGAAUAAUAUAACCGUGUUACACGAUAACAUCAGUUUUCACAAGGAUUAGUAGAAUUUAAAACCGCUGUUACUUAGAAACUAUUCAUCGAAUAUAUGUUUGUGAUACUUUCAAAUUUUCAGAAAAAUAAACUCUACAUAAUGGAUAUCUUAAAAUUUUCCUUAAACUUUUAAAAUGUUUUAAAUUUGUUCACUAAAAAAAAAAACAAUUAAAAAAUAAAUAUUUGUAUUCCUCAUCCCUGCAAGUAGUAAAAAAAAAAAACAAAAUUUGAUUAUCUCUAUUAUCUCCGGAGAUAUUCAAAGGAUAUAUCUUCAUGGGAUAGCCUGCAUAUAAUAUUUAUUAGAAUAAUUGUAAUAUUUUAUAAACGCGACCAAAAACGUUGACCGUUGUCGCCAGUGGCCAGUGCAAUACUACAAAAUGCAAAUUGCAAUAAUUAUAAUCGCAGUAGGUAAUAUUAUUACGUAAUACUAUGAAAUAUAAUAAUAAUAUUUAAUAACGGGGUAAUUAAUAAUGGGCUGCAAUACCUAUUACUUGUAGUCGACGCAAACACCCAAUCACAAAUACCUAGUACCUACACGAUACCCAGAUCUAUCCUCCUAGUCCUCUUUUCGUUGUUACUAAAUGUAGUAUAACUAUGGCCUAUAACCACGACUAGGAAAAUAAUACUAUAAUAUAUUUAUAAAAUAUUUAAACAUCCUCUUUAGUCAAUAACUUCGUUUGAAUAAUUUAGGAUAAGAUCGGUAAUUAGACAUCAAUAAUCAAUAUCACUAUUAUCCAACUAUAUGUCUACAUUCUAUAGAAGAUACCUAAUCAAUUUUAUUAUUAUUAUAUUAUUAAUUAUGUAGGCACUUUACAUAUUUUAAUUCAUUGAAAAAUAACCUGUAUUGACUAUGUAAUAUAUUUUAUAGGCUAAAGUAAUAUGAUUUUUAUUUUCCAUAUUAUACAUAGAAUAAGUUAUUCUUAGAAAAAAAAUAAAUUAAAUAAUAUAUAGUGUUGAAAACGUGUCACAAAUAGUAUAAUUUCUUUGAUCUAUUUACUUAUAUAUAAAAAGUUAUAAACCAUAAAGAACCUUUGAAAACCGAAAACAAUGGAACUUUCGCAAUUAGGUUCGAAUUUUGGUUUGGCUAUUUAAACAUUAAAACGGUUUUGGUUUAGGUUCCAGUUCAUAAUUAACACAAGGUUUCCGGUUAUUUUAAGCUCAGUUACAGUCCCCGACUUAAAAUAUUGUAACAUUUAGAUUUUAUUUAUUCGAGUACCCGUUUUUGAUCACAAUUAAAUUAAGCUCCUUACCAAAAAAAAUAAAACCAAUACAUUUUCAUUUAACCUAACCUUAUUAGUUAUGAAUCAUAACUGGUGGGGGACAUGGUUACAAGCCGUAAAUUACUAUUGCAAAUAUAAUGAUCAAACUAAAAAUGUAGUAUCUAUGUUGGGUUCUGAAGAUUCAGCAUCAAUUUCCAAGUGAAAUUAAAUUUUUCAGAAACCUAAUAUAAAAACUGCUCAAUUAUAUAAUUGUGUCUAAUUUUAGGUUUUUAGGUGAAUUAAUAUCAAAGCUAGAAAAUACGAACAUCCUGUUAAGCGAAAAUUCAAAAUUAUUGAUUCAUCAAUUUCAAAAAUCAAUGAAUCGGAGGGUCCAAUAGCUGAAUUAUUAAAAAAUAAAAUGAACGCAGUUUUAAACAAAAUUUCGGGAUUUAAGUCUAUUAAAUAUAUAGGAAAUAUUUCUUUGUCGUAUACCGAAUGAAAACUCUACGGACCUCGAAUUGUCGCCUAGUGAAAUAACAGCCAUGAAGUAUGCACCAAUAACAUCCUGUGAUAUGGAACGUUCAUUUAGUAUAUAUAAUUCAGUGUUAGGACCGAAUCAUCGUAGCUUUUAUUUUGAAAACUUACAACUCUACAUGGUUUGUCAUUGUUUUAUUUUGGAUUGAUGUUUUUAAAUUUUUUUUUAUUACAUAUUUUGGUCAUUUGAAUUACAUAUAUUAUAUGUACAUUGGUAUUAUUGUUUUUUUAUUACUUAUAAAUCCCAGCCCUAGUUAUGAUAUAUAAAAUACACAAAGGUUAAUUGUAUACUUUAGCUUUUAAUUGUAAUUAUUGAUUACAGUUAAAAAUGAUUAUUACUAUUUUAUUGUGCGAACAUAAUGGUAUUCUGUUUUAGUGGUCACCGGCUCUACGGACGGCAUUGGGAAAGAAUACGCCAAGGAAUUAGCCCAACGAGGUCUUAACAUCGUGUUGAUCAGUAGAAGUAUUGACAAAUUGAAUAAGAUCGCUUCCGAAAUUAGUAAGUUUCGGAAAUUAAUAGCGAAAGAGAAAUAUAUUGUAAUGGAAUUUUUUUUUUUUACAAAAUAUAAUUGUUAUUUCUAGUGAAUAGUAUAUGAUACGUAAAACGCGGUAAUAUGAUUACACAAAGUACCUAACUGCCAAAUUCUUUAGUUUUAAUUUUAGAUUCGGAGUGUACCGAGCGAUCUAUUAGUUUUAAUAUGAUGUGUAUGAUUUUUUUUUCUGUCUGGUGAACAAUUUUUCUACAAGAAAACUUCUUCCGAAAUAUAGACUAUAGCACCUUUCCUGACAGUUAAUUUUCUCAAGUUGGUGCGUUGAGAAGGUCAUUUUUUGAUUUCCCAAUGGGUUUUUGGAAUAAUUGGGAAAAACCUAAAGAAAAUUAUAGGUAAACGCAACGGUGCGCCAUGGAGUUGUUACCGUUUUCAUUUUUUUUAUAAGGUUUAUAUGAUGUUUUCUACCAGAAAUAUUACUCCAAUCCAAAAAUGACAAAAAUAGAUUUUGUUCCUUUUAAUUUUUUUCCACUGAUAGUAAUUUUUUUUAUAUCUAAAGUAGUUUUCAUAAUAAUUAGGAAAAAUCAAAAAGACGAAAUACACUUUUUUUUCAAAUUAUGGCACAACGGCGAUUACAAUUACAAUGAUUUCAUUAUUUAAAAUUUGUAUGGCUUAUGUUUUCUAUCAUGAAUAUCCAAUAGAUAAAAGAAAAGAGACCUUUUUUGUUGAACUUUUAAUCUAAAUGAUGAUCAAGAAAUUCGUUUUUUGAUUUUCUUUGAAAUUUGUUGAUAACUGAAUAAAAUUAUUGAAAGAAUACGUAGAAAUAACGGAUAAUUUUUUAAACUAAUACUUUUAAUAUUUUCAGUUUUGUUUUUUCUUUGUAAUAUAGAUUAAAAUAUUCGUAGUCUUAAAAUUUUAACAAAAAUGUAUACUUACUUUUUCUAUACGUGGUAAAAUUUUCAAAACAAAUGAGUUAUUUUUUAGCAUUGAAAGACAUUUUAAUUUUACGAAUUUUGUAAUUUUUAUUUGGUAGGUAUUCUGUAGAUGAAUUGUUAGACUUAACAGAAAUUAAUGGAUAUUGGUAGAUAGUUCAUUAUAAGUCGUGCUUAGUGGUAAAAAAAAAAAAAUAGUUUAAUGUAGUAUAUUUUUUAUCGUUUUUUAAAUUAUAUAACAUAAUGUACCCAAUCUUCUCCAAUACCCACCUACAACAGUGGCCACACCCGUCAUCAGUAUCAGCUCUUUUUAAAAAUGUUCGAUCUUGUUUUAGAAAUUCUUUUAUCUCAAACGAUUAAAACAAAUUUACUAUGGAGCUGAUCAUAUUAUAGUAAUACUUGAUGUAUGUAUUUGGGCUGUCCAUUUGUUUAUUUAACAAAAUUUGUUGGAACAAUUUAGUAUCUACCAAUUCUGAUAUUUAUUUUCAAAUAAAUUUAUUUAAACAACCAUUGAACAAUAUAUAAUAUAUUGUAUACCUGGGUUUUUUUUAAUCUGUAUACCAAAUCAUACCUUUUCUUUUUUCUGAUUAUUGAUUAAUAAUUUGAUCAAUGCUAUAUUUAACUAUUUAUUGAUGUUUUUCAUAGAAAAAGAAUUCAACGUCGAAGUAAAAGUGAUUCAGGCGGAUUUUAGCAAGGGACAAACAAUAUUUAACCACAUUGCCAAGGAACUAGAAGGCAUUGAAAUCGGAAUACUGGGUUCGUAGUGGUUAAAACAAUUACAAUAAUAAUAAUAAUAAUAAUAAUAAGUGAAUUUCAAAAAAUUAAUUUGGAAAAAGUUAUUCAUAAUGAGUAUAAUUACACUUAUAUUGGACACUAAACAAUGGAAACUGAAAUGUACUUAAAUUCUAAAAAAAAGCUUUUUUUUUAAGUUAGUCGAAACCACAUUCAAAACGAAAAGAAUUUAAAUGAAGUGAUGCAUUUGAAGAUCGCAGAUAUACGGGAUGGAAAAACGAAUGAUCUCUUAUAUUACAUUAAAUCCGUGUUCAACACAUCAUUAAAAUUACCUACUCAAAAAAAUAUUAUCGGUGAAGAAUGUAGAAUUUUUUGUAGAAUUUUCAAAUAUAGGCGGCUACAAUUGUCACUUAUGUGCAACAAAACAAUUUCAUCGACUACCUGUUGAAUAUGUUUCAAGUUCAAGAAUAAUGCGAGAUUUUCGAAAUACUUACCUACACCAGUGACUUUAAGUUUAUGUACGCCACGUACGUAGAAAGAAUUCAUUGGGUUAUCUUUACUGAGGGUCUAGUGUACUUUGCCGUGAUUGUUUCGUCGCCAGUACAGUAGUAUUUGGGGCAAUGCAUAUAUGAAUCACCAUACAUUUUUAUAGUAAUCGAAAAGUAUAAUGUGGCGCUUCUCACCCAUGCGUUAUCGAGUUCAUAUCCGAUAAUUGAAGAAUUUUUUUUUGGUAUUUCAUUCUUACACCUGGCGUGGUUUUGCAUAACAAAUUGAACUCAAUUAAGCAGUCCGAGCGAGCCAUUGACCCCAGUCCAUGUAUGCGCAUUAUAUUAGUUUUGAUAUCGGAAAUUAUCUUGCUGCGAGAUCCUUGUAUUUAUACCAGCUCUAGAAUAAGAGAUCACAGUACUGCCGUGAUUGUUUUGUUAAAAUAAUAACUUAUAUCAUAAUAUCUAGCAUUACCGACGAAUAUAAUGGUUUUAAAAUGAUGUUUGUUAUUUUAUUCUUAAAUGAAAAUCUUAUUUUCUUAUUCUCUAAUGUAUUAAGUCUAAUGCAUCUUUUCAGAAAGGGAAUUUUAUCCAAGUGGUACUUUAAACAAGUAUUUUUUUUGGUUUUCCAAGUGAUUUUCAUAACAAUUAAAAAAAACCGGAAAAAAUGUAGUAAAAACGUAGGAACAAACAGAAAAAUAUUUACGUAGUAACGAUUUCAUAACUUUAUAUUUUUGUAACUUAUGUUUUUUCCUAUUAGAAAUUUUGCUUCAAUAAAAAAUUACAAGAGACCUUUUUUUUUAAUUUUGUUGGUGAGUAAAAAAGUUUUUUUUUAAUAUUCCGUGUAGUUUUUUUGAUAAUUGAGCAAACCGAAAGAAACAUAGAAAAAAUGAGAAAAUUUAUAAAAAUAAUAGUUUUAUUAUUUUUAAUUUUUUUUUUUUAUUGUAAUCCAAUUAAAAAUAUUCGUAAUUAUUUUAAAUUUGGACAAAUAAUUUUUGCUUUUUCUAGAUUCUGAAAUUUUAAAAACAUUUGAGCCAUUUAUAGUUAUUUUAAUUUUGCUAGUUUUUUUAGCCAAUUUUUUUUUAGGUACUCUGUGGAUACAAUUGUUAGAUCAAACAGAAAUGUUUGAAAAUUUAACUGGGGGUACAUUAUAAAUCGUACUUUGUGAUAAAAAAAAAAAAUUGAGCGUAACGUAGAAUUUUUUUUAUAAGAAUUUCAAUAUCAAAUUAUGAUAAAAUCAUAAAUAUUACGGUCUUUCAAAACAUGUAUAAUCGAACUUCGCUCAAAAUCGUUUUUCGUUAUUAAUGAUUAAUCGUUACGUACAGAUAUACAUUCAAUUUCUUUCUAAAUCCUACCCUCUCAGCUUCUCACCUACAAUAGUGGUCCACCCAUCUUGUGAAGUAUGUAUCUAGGAACCGUUUUCAAAGUUUGGUGGUAAUCGGACGAAUGUCAGGCUAGUUCCUUUGGAAGUGAUUUUAUGGUAAGUACCUAUCAAACUACGGAGGGGAUUUGUGUGAGGUUCCAAUCCAAAUUUUUGGCAUUGAAACCAUUCUCUUAUGCAAAAAUCAGAAGUGGUGUACUUUUAAUAUGGCAAUAAAGUAAACUGUUGUUAAAUGAUGGCGACGACACGUUGGUCACAAAAUAAACCAUGGCUAAUUGAACAACGCAAAUCGAUUCUGCCAAAGUGCCGGUUUUCUUCAUUACUGCGUUAGAAAUUCCCUGGACGUCUGAUCUUACUUCAAUACACUUCAAUUUAUAAUUUUUCACAACUAAAUCGGGAUUCCCAAUGGCUAUAUAAAUAAAUACAAAUUAUGUAGUUUGGGUUAAUUUUGACUGAGUAUAAUUGCAUUUUUAUAAAGAGAGCCCAUUUUUACUUACGCAAUGUGUAUAAAAAUAAUAAUGAUGUCAUUGUUCGAUUCUGUACGAAAUUUACUGAUAACCGCCAUUGUUAUUAAUUUACAGUCAACAACGUAGGCAUGCAAUAUAUGUACCCGAUGUAUAUAACUGAAGUACCGGAAUCAACCGUGUGGGACCUGAUUAACGUAAACGUUGGCGCCACCACACACAUGACCAAACUAGUAUUGCCGGGCAUGCAAAAACGGAAACGUGGCGCCAUCGUCAACGUGUCUUCUAGUGCCGAGCUACAGCCUUUACCGCUGUUAGCUAUUUAUGCGGCCACCAAGGUACAUGCCUAAACAAAAAAAAAAAUACCUAUAAAUAAACUAGUAAAAUUAAAUUGCGGACAAAUGUUCAGCCCCUAAGUGCAAUUGUAUGAUUUUAUUAUAAACUUAAAAUGUACUUUUUAAGGUGACAAUUAUAAUACAUUUUAAUUUAAAAUGUUUAUUUUAGAAAGAGAAAUGAGCUUAUAUACAUUUAAGAAUGCAAGAAAUAGAUCACAAAAAGAUUAUUUUAUUUGGUAGAGAGAAAUAAAUAAUUGUUAAGUAAAUAAAGAAUUGUAAGUAAUACUUGGUGUAACAACAUAGCAUAGGGUAAUGGUAAUGAAGUUUUGGUGUUGUGGGAAGAGAGUGCAUGAAAAUAAAAAUAAGAAUAGAAAAGAUAAUUGGAUAUAGUACAAAAGACUGUGCAAGUAAACUUAUGCUUUAUAGGGUGGUAAGCAAAACGAAAUUAAAUAAAUAUGAUCAGUUAUAUAAGAGACUAGUAACAAACGAAAGUGAAAAAGCUAGGCAUUGACGGGUAAAACCUUUAUAAGAAAUUAUAUAAAAUAGAAUUAGAAGUGAGAAAUCAAUAUCUAAGAAACAGUUUGGUUUUAUGACAGGUAUUUUGUGUGAGAUAGAUCGUAGAAAAGUAAAGAAAGAGUGAGAAAAACCUAUGUGCGACUUUUAUAGAUUUCUGGAAAGUUUAUUACAGAGUGCCAAGAGGGAUUUUGAUAUGGGCGUUAAUGAGAAAAGGAGUUCCUAAAUUGUAUAUUAGUUUGAUGAGGAUGUGCACGGAAGUUAGGUAUGUCAAAUAUGUGUCAGAAGUAAAUCUGGAAUAAUAGACGAUUCUGAGAUUAAAGUAGAACUUGAACCCUUACCUAUUUUCUGUUGAAUGAAUAAAGUUACGAAAAAAAUACAUGGUACCAGUGAUACAAGUUACCAUGAUGUUUGCAAAUGAUACAAUUUUGAUAGGCAGUAGUGUAAAUUGGCCUGCGCAAAUAUGAUACUUGUACCGCCACAUUUGAAAUCAAAACAAUACGUUUGCACACAAAUUUUUAAAUAUUGUAUAUGUAGGAGGAGAGCGGGGCAAGUUGACUACCUUAAGCUUUUAAUAAUUAUUCUGCUAAAACUAGUGGUUCGAUAUUCUUCAUUUUUUUAUACAUAAUCUUUAGUAUACAAAGAGUAAAUGAUAAUUAUUUGGUAGAGUAAUAUUUAGUAUUUUUUGUUUGUUUUUAAUUAUCUAAGAAUAUUUGAAAAUUUCGUCAUCUUGCUCCAGCUAUGGGGCAAGAUGAUAUUGCAAUGAAGCAACUUAACUACUCUACAGUUUCUAUUGAAUGAUGUUUCGUAGGUUACAUUUCAAGGGUAAUAUUUAAAUAAGCUCUAAUAGUAGGUAUUUAACUCAAGUUGGUUUACAUAAUUUGACUUACACUUUUUUGACUUAUAAACAAUUUGACAAUUUAACUCAUUAUUCAUAUGUUAUCAGAUAAUAAUUUAUACAAAUAUAAUUUACAUCAUACUAUCCAUGUAUUUCUAAAUGCUCCAAAAAAUCACCAUUAGAUGUCGUCACAGCUAUUUAAAACAGACUCAAUCAAUUUGCCCCACUCUUUCCUACCUAUAUUAAAUUUCUAUUUCAAACAAUAAAAAUGUAUUUAAUAGAUAAAACAUUUUGUUAUUAUAUAAUUAUAUUAAAUCCACUGGUAUUCCACAAGAGGAUUCCAAUGAGACUUAAAGGUAAGUUACAAUAAUGGGGUGAGACCGGCUGUUUUAUAGGUCUGGGUGUUUGGUGGUAAACAGAAAAAUAGAACAAAGAAUGAGUGUAGCAGAGAUGAAAAUGCCAAGGUCGAUAAGUGGAGUGAUGAGAGAAAUUAGGAUAAAGAAUGGGAAUAAAUACAUAAGAAGUAACUUAGAAGUAGCUUUAAUAGUAGAAAAAAUGAAGAAAAUAGUCUUAAAUAGUUUGGGUCUAUCAUGAGGAUAUUAGAAUCACGGUAACUAAUAAUUGUAAUUAAAAUAAACGUAGGCGGAAGGAAAGGGAGGAGAAAACCGAAACAGAGGUGGUUUGAUGUGAUUGAGGAUAAUAUGAGAGAUCGAGUCAGGUGGUAUUUUAGUACGAGGGUGGCAAUUCUAAUGGUUUAAGCUUUAUUUAUGUUUAAGUCGUACAUAAAGAGCUUUACCGAAGCGCUCCGGAUUGAAUACGAGGAAGACAAUAUACUAGUACAGCAUCUGUUUCCACUCUUCAUCAAUACGAAAAUGAACGCGUUUAGUUAUAAGCUGCAAGAGACCAGUUUAUUCGUUCCAGACGCCAAGACGUACGCUACAAAUGCUGUGAAUACGUUGGGCCUGGUGAACCACUCAACUGGUUACUGGGCUCAUGGAAUUCAAGUGAGACAACUAUUAAUAUAAUAAUAAUUGUAUAUUACCUAUUAUAAUUUAUUAAAAUCAAUGCUGGUUUACCUAUAAUAGAUACUAUACUAUGUUUAGGUUAUGCGUGACCAAAAAUAAGCCAAUUCACUCUAAAAAUGAAACUAAUACCACAAAAUUAAUUCUGCUUAAUGCAAAUUUGUUAUGUUUUGCGUUUGUAAGACAGAGUAUAGACAACAAAUACACGUGUAACGUCCUAUUAAAGAUAUUUCGAAAUAAGUAUUUAAUAGUUUUAAAAAUCAUUUGUAGGUUACUUACCUGAGUGUAAAAUAAAAAUGUAUAGUUUUUAUACUGUUUAAAUAUCCCAUAUAAUGUAUUACUUAAUUCAGGGUCUGGUACGUUUUGAUUUUAUGGUUCUGUUUUUUUUUAAAAUGUAUCCCCUAACUUAUUACCUACACGUAUUUUAUUAUAACUGUAUUCGCGCAUUGGUCGAACUUUAACUCCUAUAUCAGUUCGUAAUAUAUAUUAUUAUUUACAUUAUGUCUAAAUAUUAAAGAAAUUUUCGAAAUUCGUGUGAGUAAACAUAUUUGAACUUGACACGUACGGAUGCUACCAUAUACACCAUAUUAUACAGAGUAAGCGUAUAAAAUACAACUAAAGCAAUAAAACGGGGAAACAAAUGCUGUUCAACAGUUCCCCCACUCUAAUAUCAAACAAAUAAAAAAAAAAAAAACCUCAUCCGUACGAAAAUAUAUGUGGAACUCGAUUUAUUGGUAGAUUUGCUUACGAAUUGCUGUUUACCUAUAUAUAUAUAUUAAAUUUUACUAGGUUACACCACCUUCUAGAAAAUAAAUAAUGAUAAUACCUACCAAAUAAUUUUAAUACUCACUCUAAAAAUGAAAAACGUAGGUAAUUAAAAUUCUACAAGUUGUUCCAUUUAAGUGUGUACACUCAUUAACUUAAAAAGUAUUUAUUUUUUUCAAAUAUUUUUAUUUGACAAUUUAAGAAACAAGCACUUCUAAAAUGUUGCAUUAACAUUAUUUUUUUCACCAUUCAUUUUGUGUGUGAAAUGACUACCUAUUUUUGGUUUCCGGCAACCAAUUAAUGAUAUAUUCCAAUUUUAAGUUUGGGUAGGGGGAGAGUAGUGGAACAUAAUUGAAAUGCAGCAUGCUAUGCUACCACACAAAUGAAGGUGAUGAUUACUUUAUGUAUCGAACACUCAAAUAAAACAUUUAGGUAAUAUUUUUACUCAAAUACCUUACAAAACUGUGAGUAUUGAGCACUUUAACCACUUAAAAUCAUUAUACAUAUACAUAACCUAUACCUAACAACAUCAAAAUGAUUUCAUUGGUGUAUAGGCAAUUGGUUUAUAAAGUUUGAUUUCUAAAUACUUAUAUCUUUUUCAGCAUUUCUUUUUAAGAUUACCUCCGAUUUGGAUAAGAAGUUUGGUCGGAGAAUUUAUGACUCAUUCCUUUAGAAGUGACUACUUUUCUAAAAAGGGUUUGAAAGCAGCAUAG